CUCCUACAUUACUCCUACACAGAUCCAGACAGAAAAAAUAAUCUUCAUAGAGGUAGUAAUAACUGGUGGAGGUUAGAUGGCCUUAGAGAAAGAAAGAGUGUGUGUAACAGGAGCUGGUGGGUUCGUUGGCUCAUGGGUGGUCAAGCUUCUUCUCUCCAAAGACUACUUUGUUCAUGGAACUGUCAGAGAACCCAGGGAUGAGAAGAAUGCUCAUUUGUAUAAACUUGAGAAAGCAUCUGAGAAUCUGAAACUCUUCAAGGCUGAUUUACUGGAUUACAACUCUGUUUAUUCUGCCAUUGUUGGAUGCAGUGGAGUUUUCCAUGUAGCCAGUCCUGUUCCAUCCACCAUUGUAUCGAAUCCUGAGGUGGAGGUAAUCGAACCAGCUGUAAAGGGUACACUCAAUGUGCUGAAAGCAUCUGUUGAGGCGAAAGUUAAGAGAGUUGUUUUUGUGUCUUCUGGAGCUGCUGUUGCCUUCAACCCCAGUUGGCCCAAGGAUCAAGUGAUGGAUGAGACUUGUUGGUCUGAUAAGGAAUAUUGCAGAACAACUAAGAACUGGUAUUCUUUUGCCAAAACGGAAGCGGAAAGUGAAGCUCUGGAGUAUGGAAAAAGACCUGGGCUAAAUGUUGUGAGCAUUUGUCCUACCUUUAUUUUUGGGCCAAUUCUGCAGUCCACAUUGAACGCAAGUAGCAUGAUUCUUGUUAAGCUAUUGAAAGAAGAAGGUUGUGAGUCAGUGGACAACAGGCUGCGGAUGAUAGUGGAUGUGCGUGAUGUAGCUGAAGCCUCAGUUUUAUUAUAUGAGAAGCCUGAAGUAGAAGGGAGAUAUAUAUGCACAGCAUACAGUUGCAGAGGACAAGAACUUGUUGAUAAACUGAAGAGUAUAUAUCCUAACUACAUUUAUCCUACAAACUUUACUGAGGGAGGGGAGGAAAUAGUGCUAACUUCAGCAAAGUUGCAGAAACUGGGUUGGAGUUACCGGCCUUUGGAGGAGACUCUUUUUGACUCAAUAGAGAGCUACAAGAAAGCUGGAAUCUUAGAUUAAGAAAGUAGACAUUUUCAUGUCAUUAUCCAGUUCUGUCUGAUGUAAAUUGCAAUCUGUUAAUAAUUAUGUGAGACGUCUGUGUUUACACAGCACUCACGAUUGCUUUUUCUCUUAAUAAAAUGAGCUAAAUUUCAAGA